UUUCCUUUUAAAGCAACCCCAAUCCCAAAACAUGAUCUUCGAACUGGCUGAAUUUUUCCCCUCCCAUUCCAGGGGUGGAUCUUUAGGACCCUGCACUACAAACUUGAUGGGAAACUUCGGUUUCUGGUUCAGAUCUGUUUUUACCACUUGUAUACGACAAGCCCAGUGACAACUGACCUUCACCACACAGUUUCCAAGAGGAUUCUACUUUGUGUGUCGAGGAGCUCAUGGAAUAAUAAAAUCUGGGCAUGACAUGGAACACGGACAGAUGGCAGAGGGAUGAUUCAGGAUUUCAGCAAUAGAAGAAGGGGUGAAUUGCUGCUUGCUUGGCUUUAGCCAUUGUUACAAAACCGUUUCAGACUCCCCUGUGGCCCCACUGCUCCUGAGGGAACAACACCAGGACAGGACACGGAGAGGAGCCAGGGAUCCAGGGACUUUCUUCUUCAUGUAACUGUCCUGGGAGGAUCUGCUCUAGGAUAUGGAUCCAAAAGGAGCAUGAGAUUUCAAGAAGCGCUGCUGAUCUGGACAGAAAAUCUUCGCCUGCUACUUCCCCACAGCGAACAACGGGGACCGCGUCCCACCACCCACCCAGCGUCCAUCCAUGGAAGUGAGCCACGUGUCCCCACCUCCCACCUCACCUGCUGAAGGAGAUGAUCCCUGUGGGAUAGACGUCACCGACAUGGCCAUAGAUGGUGUCACCCUGCUCAUUGGCUUCUGCGGGCUGCUGGGGAACGGGGCUGUCCUCUGGCUCCUCGGCUUCCACAUCCGCAGGAACCCCAUCACCGUCUACAUCCUCAACCUGGCCGUAGCUGAUUUCACCUUCCUGCUCUUCGUCACCACCUCAUCCCUGCUCUACAUGGUGGACAAUGCAUCCUGCUCUCCUGUCGUGUCCCUCAGGUACCUGAGGUCGCUCCUCCUGCUCUCUCUCUUCUCCCACAACAUGGGGCUGUACCUGCUGUCAGCCAUCAGCAUCGAGAGGUGCGGGUCCAUCCUGUGCCCGCUCUGGUACCGCUGCCCGCCCCAGCGCCUGUCAGGGGUGGUGUGUGCCCUGCUCUGGGUCCUCUCCGUCGCUGUCAUUGCCACGGUGACGUCCCUGUGCCUCUUGGAUGAGCACGAGCCCUGCCAGAUGUCUCUCAUCUCCAUGUACGUCCUCAGCCUCCUCUUUGCUCUGCCCAUGGUCAUUUCCAGCACAGUCCUCUUCAUUCAGGUCAAGUGUGGCUCCCAGCAGCAGCAACACAGGAGGCUCCACAUCGUUGUCUUCCUCACUGUCAUCUUCUUCCUCAUCUUUGGGGUUCCUCUCAGCCUCUUACAUUUCCUGCAGCAGCUCAGCUACACUGUCGUGUCCUCCCAGGUUGUUUUUCUGCUCGCCUGCAUCAACAGCAGCAUCAAACCCUUCACUUACUACCUGGUGGGGAGCUGCUGGAGGCGCUGUUCCCUGGUGUCCCUCCAGACCUCCUUCCACAGGCUCUUUGAGGAGACCGAAGAGAACACUGCCUGCAGCAAUGGUGCCAGCAUGGACACAGUGGUCCCUGUCGAAGGACCCCGGGACAGCAGCUGAGGGUUUCCCUGAGUCACCAGAUUAAUAAAUAUCCACGGUAUUUCCCCCAGCGUCACCCUUCUGCAGUGUAAUCCCGCCAGAAAGAGGAGCAGGCACAUUGCCAAGGGCAGCGUGGGAGGGAUGCUCUGCAGGGAGCGUGUUGGAGCACGGCUUUCUCCUCCCUCCCUGGUCCUAGGACACUCUUCCUCCAAGGGAAUCAUGCCCCACAGGGCUGUGAUCCCAAAAAUCCCCCUGGUGCAUGGUUCCUGCAUGCCGCUGUGGUCUGAUAUCAAUAAACAGCUUUG